AUGUCUCUUAAUACCGCCGAAGGUAUCACCAGAUACUUGCGAUCCAAAGACACGUCUGUGACGGACAUCACUAAGGCCGCGUACGCUUUGGUGAACGGCGAGAUCGAUGUUAACUUACCGAACAGGACGAGCUUCGUCCUCGAGUUGUUAUGCGAUCGGUUGAAUGACUCCAAAACUCACAAGUUCCGGGUGGAUCCAGAGGUUUGGCGCUUGUUGAAGGUUACUUGGAACGCUUCCAAGGCCGAAGCCGCCCGCAGUAGAUGCUUGCGGAGCAUCAAGGUUAGCGAUAUUUUGGUCUCCACGUACACUGCGGUCGAAGCACAAGGGCUCUCACCGAAACAGGUUCUGGAGGUUUUGGAUGCCUCAUUAGACACCGCCAAGACCAUUCUUGAUGACUUUUACCAGCAAACUUCCGAAAAUAUGGGCCUCAGUAUCCUCUCCCACUACUUGACCCUUCUCACGUUGACCAAGGACGUGCCUCUGGUAAAGAUUGACACCUGGACAGAGAUUGUGUCCACCAUCUUCCACUCUGCGGUUUUAGGGACUGCAAGCAAGUUAAACAAAAAGACCACCACUGCCUUCACCCGGACGUGCGUGCCAAAGAUGCUCAGUUUCAUGAGCGCUGCGUCCCUUCCUGCAGCGUCCCUUCGCAUGUUUGACACUAUGUUCACCAGGACGCUUUACCAUAGGGACCUGGGCGUGCCGAAUCUCAAAUUCAACGUUGAGGUAUUGCUCAAGGGUGACACGACCCUCACAGAUGCCUCCCUUGGCUACCUCUUCCAAACCACUAUCAAGCUCUUGUUCAAGUCGGAUUUCGGGCUCUGUGAGGAAAUUUUCAAGGUGGUUACCGCGGCUGUCCCCGACUUGACCGAAACCUUGCUAUCACUCUUGUCGCAGUCAAAUCGUACCUUGUCCCCCGAGUUUUUGAGCUCCAUCAUGGCGACAGAGUUUGCGGCCGCGUCCAAGAACUGGGUGCUCAUUUCCCACUUACUAGACCUCGAUGUCGACUUGGCCUUGACAUACGGCAACCAGAUCUUUGCGUUUUUAGCGACCGCGCUGCCCGCUGAAUACUCUAUGUCACAAAUUUGCGAAAGCUUACUCGUGGCGUUCAUCAAGGCGCGUGAGUUUACAACCUUCUUUUCGCUGUGGUCAACGUCGAUUCAGCAGUAUCCAGAGAGCGUGUGGACACAGGAUCCGUUCAUGGACUUGGUUUCCGCGCGGAUCAAGGAGCUCACCUCCGCCCAGUUGGAGCGGUUGGUUUCCCACUUGCUCGAAUUCAUCCAGACGGAGGGCAAUUUCAACUCCAGAAUCAUCCCGUUGACCGUUAUCGUCCAAGGCUUGUUCGACUGCACCGAUAAGAACGUGCUGUUGGUGCGGGGCUUGUUGAUGAAGCCAAUUGCGACCCAACAGGUAGUCCAGAUCGGGCCGGCACACUUCUGGAAGUUCCAGUACAAUUUGCUCUGUUUGUACGCAGACUACGAAGUCAAGGAGUUGGAGCGCUUGGUGGUGGUUGCACAACAGGUGGAGCCCAAAAAUGAGUUUGUCUUUUACGCGCUUUUCCGAAUUCGUGAAAUGCAUGCGUAUGACAUCUCCGAGGUAGCGGCACAGUUCCUUGUGUACUUCGAGACCCGCAAAACGGACCUCACCUUGGCGCUGCGCUUCAUGGACCGCUGGAUGGUUUUGGUCAACUGCUUGUUUUCCAAGGAAGAUAUCCGGCGACUUGUGAAAGCGCUCGUUUCCGCACCUAGCGAUCAGUUCUUGUGCCAGCUUUUCCAGAACAACACCUUGUACGAGCAGCGGGUGUUGGCCAAUGCCGUUAUUGAUGAGGUCACGUCACUUUUGAAGGGCGGGGAGAACACUGCCCAGCUCUUGCCGUUGCUCAUGUGGAUCCCGGUCCAGUGCAUGUCAAAGUUCCACAAGACGAGCUUGUUGAAUAUCCUCACCGCGCUUGCGCACGACGCGGUGGUUCAGGCUCCCGCACUCUGUGCUAUGCAGCACUUGUUGGUGCAACCGGCGAUUCUGUCAGAUAUUGAGUCCACUAUUGAUGUCACAUACCAGUUACUCGGCGCCGCACCCGCGGACUCCGUUAUAGAGAUUUUCAGCAUGAUCUGGCGCCACAAGGUUAACCAGAUUUCAGAGAAGCACAAUCAUGUGUUUGUGGAGGCGACAUUCAAGUCGUUGCGGACAUUUUUCAAGAAGAGCGCCAAGGGUAUUGCCCCGGAACUCAGGGUUGCGUUAGCGGUGAUUACAAGUUCCGCAAAGUUGGCCGAGCAAGAGUCGGCGUUUCACGCACAGCUUGUCGCAUUGCGCACUUCCUUCACCGGCUGUGUGAAUACCGCCAUCACAGAGCGGGCUUCCAGCGAUAGCACGGACAACAUAUCCUGGCUCUUGAACGCGUUGUACGUGGUUGACGAUGACCGCAGCGGGGCACACACCGCAGCGACACGUGUACUCGUCAAAAGUAUAGGCGCAGAGUUCCACGCGCGUGGCGAUGUGCGCAUCCGUGUCAGCUUGUUCCAGCUCGCGUCCAAGAUUGCUGACCGCACCUAUUCUCAAACUGUCUACCUCCUGGCGUUGUACACUGCGUUGCGUGAGGCUGACGUGCCAUACACUCCGGCCUUGACCGAUGCAUAUGCCCAGCACUUGGCGGCGUUGUCCCCUGCAGCGUUCUCCCAGUCGCUUGAGUUCUUGCUCGCGUCCUAUGAAACACCCUCGGCCGCCACUGCCACCUCUAUGCAGUGCCACGUGGAGUUGUUGGUUGUCUUCUGGAAGCACUUCGGCAAGGACUCGGUCUCCCAGGACUUCUUUUCGCGCUCGCUUUCCGCUACCUGUGGAUUGUUGCAAGCACAAAGCACCAGCCUCUUUACCAACUCUGCGUUGUGUCUUCUUCUCACGUCGGUGAAGGCUAUUUUGGUUGACUCAACGUGGCUCUUGACCCAGUACUCCAUCGAGGUCAUGUUGAUGUUGGUCACGGUUGUUGCCUCCCGCAUCGGCACACGGACAGCUCAGGCGUCCGAGGUUGACGUCUAUGUCUUGUGUACGCAGGUGGUGUCGAACAUCUUGCUCUUCCACCGGUACCGCUUGUCCAACCGUAACCACUUACUCAUUUCUACCUUUGUGGUGCUCAUGGACGGGCUCGCUUUGAGGUCCAAGAAGAAGGCCACCGCUGCUUCUAAUGUCGUUCCAGCCUCUACCAAGGCUGCUGGAGCUUACGCCCGUUUACUCAGCAAUUUGUGCGAGCCACAGACCAAUGCAGUGGCAUCCCACCAGGAUAAGACGUCGUUGACCUCUACAAACAGUUUGAUCAAGCGGUUGUUGCGUAAGCAUGUGCCAGUAUUGUUGAUCAACUUUGUCCAUAUAUCCUUGAAGUAUCUGUUUGACAACGCUAUGAAGCAGGAGCUUAUCCCGGGUAUCUACAAUGUAUUUGAUGUGUUGUCUGCCAGCGAGUUGAGUUUGGUUUCGUCAUCGUUGGACGUGUCUGGCAAGGCCUUUUAUAAGACGUUGUUUGAUGACUACAAGAAGUUUGGGAAGUGGAAGGACGAGUAA